AGGAAAAAAAAAAGAAGAGCAGAGUUGUCACAGCCUUUCCGUUGCUUCGGCUGCAUGGGUUACGCUAUCGCUGUUUCCAUGGCUACCGAUUCUGAUAGGCGACCGCACUCUUCGCGCUGGGAGCGCUUGCAGUUCUAGGCGGAAACAGCUACGGCCUACCGGGGAGCCUGGCGAGUUUUUUUCAGCCCGUCCCACGUCAAGAUCACUUGGUUGGUCCAGAGCAACAAAACCAGGCGCUGAACAAGCAACUGAAGCAAAGAUGACCAUGACAAAGCUGCUGGUUAAGGAUCGUAACAACACUUUCAAUGGCAAGCUGGUUACUUUUGUGGCCGAUGUCCCGGAAGAAGUGUUGUGCGCCUGUUGCAGCAAUAUAUCUUCCCAGCUUAUGGCCGACCCACGUGACCACUUGUACUGUCAGUCGUGCCUGGCAAUGUUGGAGGACGACGGAACGAUCGACUGUGUCAAAGAUGGUGCGGCGCACAGGAUUGAAGAGAUGGAAGACAGGAGCGAGAGAUUUCGUGAAGCCCUGAAGUUGAUUGCCAAUUGCCCCAAUGAAGCCUGCAGCUACUGCGCCACACUUAGGGAGAUUAUGAAUCACUAUAAAACUUGCGUUGUUAAGAUGGCAAAGUGCCCGCUAUGUCAAAAAGACGUCAGCCAAAAGACAUUGGGUACGCACAUAAAAAGCAUCUGCGAACAAAGACCUGUUGACUGCCCUUACUGUGGAAUCGAGGUGGAAGACAGACAUCUGAAGGAUCACAUGCAAGACUGUGAUGACAGGCCGGCAACUUGUGAUCAUUGCAGCGCGGAGUUCGAUACGUUUGCAGAGCUGCGGGACACGCACUUGCCGGCUUGCCCUUCGAAGCCUACAAAGUGCCCAUAUGCUCGCGUGGGAUGCAACUUUGAGACAACAGCUAACAAGAUGGAAGGACAUGUUGCCACGUGUCAGCACUUGACAGCCAUGAUCGACAGAGUUCUGCGUCUGGAAGCGCAGCUGCAGGAAAUGAGAAUUGCCUUAGAGGAAGAGAGAAAUGGGAGGGAGCAGUUGAAGCAGCUGAUCGCCGAAAAAGAGGACGAAUACCACAAAACAGAUGAGUACGUUCGUAGAAAUUUGCAAGAAGACAUAGAUGAAGUGAGAACUCAAGUUAAGAAAGUGGAGAGCGGAUACAAGAAGAUCGAGUCGGAUAUGAGGGAGCGGUUACAGGAACUGGAAGAAAGGCACGCCAUCUACGAGGAACCAAUAGGAAAGCUUCUGGCUGAAAUGGCCAUGAUGAAAUAAGAUGACUAUUUCGCUUAACUUUGUCAUCCCCCAGUGUGACGACCGUAAAAUUACUUCUUUUUGUUUGUGUACUUUUGAAAUCAGUGCCCAUUAUGUCUUACCUUCUUUCCUAACAAGCACAGGUCAGAAGUUUUUGAGCGGAAGCGUAUUCGAAUAAAUUUUGUUCGCUGGA